AUGGCACAGAAAAAUGCGAAAGAAAUUGCGAAAGGAGUCGUUGAAAUUGGUAAUAUCAUCCAGAACCAAAGUCCCAACACCAAAGUCGUCAUAUCUGAGCUGAUCACAAGGACGGACACACCAGAAAACAGAAGAAAAGUGGCUGAGGUAAAUGCUGUUCUUUUAACUAAUUGUAAGAAGAACAAAUGGGGUCAUAUAACCCAUGCAAAUAUCCAAGCAAAACAUAUCAAUCCAUAUGGUAUCCAUCUCAAUAAAGCAGGAACACCAAUGUUAGCUAAGAAUAUUAUAAGUUUUUUGAAUGAGCAAAAUUGA